AUGGAACCGCUCCAAACACCACCAGAAACCUCGUCCUUCGUCCUCCUCGCCGACCACCAGUCGCGCACCCCAUCCUCCUUCCACUCCGGCCCCGCAGUCCUCCACUACCACAGCAAGCACUGCAAGCUAUCCAUCCUGGAACACGAGCUCCAAGCCAACCCAGUGCUAAACUCCCUCCGCAGCGCCGAUGCGACAACCACCGCCAACGGAACAGAGCCCCAAAACGGCUCCGACGCCGAAGGCAAAGAGAUCGUCAUCGAUGGCGUAGACGUCUGGGUGACAUCCGAUAAAUUCCUCCUCUACAACCCGACCCACCAAAAAGGCCUCUCCAUUCCCUACCCUAGCAUCUCCCUGCACGCAGUCCAGCGCCUCACGCUCCCAGAUACCGACUCCGAGGUGCAAGGCCUAUGUAUCACUUUGACCGUUGUCCCACCCCCGGAGUCCCAGCAGCAGCAGCAGUCCGAGGAGGAUAACAAGCCGGACGAGACGCCCACGCAGGCGCUGUAUAAUGCCGUCUCGGCGUGUUCGAAUUUGCACCCGGAUCCUAUGAGCGACGAUGAGGAUGAGGAGGGUGGUGGUUCGGGGCUGUUGUCGUCCGGGCUUGUGGAGAUGGGGAGUGGGGAUGGGGGAUUGCCGCCGCCGAUGGAUGGCAGUUCGGGGUGGAUUACGGCAGACAAUAUGCAUGAGUUUUUUGAUGAAGAGGGGAAUUGGAUUGGGGGUGGGGAGGAGCCAACUUUGUCUCUUGGUCCUGGGGCCGGGACUGUGAGGGCUCGUGAGGGGGAGGAUGGGGAUGGGGAUGAGCAUAUGCAGGAGGAGGAGACUAAGUGGAGGAGGACGGAUUAA